CAAAGGGAGCUGCUGGCUGGCGAGUGCAGGCGAAUCGCCGGCAUAUUGAUUCAAAGCGCGGUGUGAGAGUGAGUGUCGAGCGUGCAGCGAGGCCCUGCCGGCCCACCGUGAGCACCGCACCAUGUGAAUCGGCCGAUUUGGUCCCGUCGACGAGACAAAAAGAAGGCCAGCGGCUGGCCGGGGCCCAAAUGGUUGCGGCUGGUUGCAUACCUGCAGCGCCGCCGAGGCAACAAGUUCGCCGCAGAGUGAUUUGCCACUCAGUGUCUCACUAGUGCGUGCGAAUCUUCUUUCCGCCCACGGCCUGUGACCAACAUCCGCAAACAACGUGCGGCGGCACAUGGGCUCGAAGGCCCUUGCGGAGCACGUCGGUGGCGUUGAAAUGCAAGAGCCGGCGUCGACGCCGCACCCCCCGACGGCUGCCCCGAGUGCCACCGCCCUGGAGUCGACCCUCGCCGACCCCUCCGGCUCUUCGGCGCCGUUCGGCCCCACCGUGUCCAGCCCGGCGGCGGCCACUUCGCCGCUCAUCCUCGCGGCCCAGACGCGCACCGUGACGGCCGCAUCGGUCGCUUCGACAACCACCGAACCACCUGUGACAGACUUUCCAUGGACCGCAGGCGACGAAGCCCUGUUCCUGCUGCUGUUGAACACGAGCGGGGGCUUGGUUGGCAGCGUCGGCCCCGCGUUGACCGCCGCUGGCAACUCGACGGCCCUCAAACUGUGCUCCGAUUGGGAACCAGCGCAGCACAAUCUCUUCCAAGCAGCCAAUUUGUUCUUCGCCGUGGCCUUUCUCGUUCCAAGAUCUUUCAAACAAAGCAUUCUUGUCCUUCGAACGUCACUGGCGGUCGGCUUCUGUGUGAGCGCCUUCUGGGCCGCUCUGACCCUUUGUGCCGCGGACAUGGUGGCGUGGAGUGCGUUUUUGAGCAUCGUCAACGCGGCCCACGCGCUCCGACUCGCUGUCCAGGUUCUGCCGCCGCGUCUUUCGCCAGAUCUGUUGGAACUUUACGAGCGCCAAUUCGGGCCACACAAAGUGGAGAAGCACCUUUUUCAGGAAAUGACGAGAGAAGGCAGACUGCUGACUCUUGAUCCAGGGGACACUUACGCCAUCGAGGACAUCACGCCUGCCAACGACCGUCUUUCAGUGCUCUUAAGGGGCAAGCUGCGAGUGUCAUGUGAUCAAACGUACCUACACUUCAUCAACCCACAACAGUUUGUAGACUCACCAGAAUGGGAGGCUUCGAGAGUCGGCCCGAAUCAUGUGUUCCAGGUAACCAUUACUGCUGAAGAGGAAAGCACUUGUUUGUGUUGGUCAAAACCAAAGUUGGAGAACGUUUUUAGACUGCGGCCCUUGUUAGAGGUUUUGAUGAUAAAUCUCAUAGGCAAAGACAUAACACACAAGUUGUACUCGAUGAACGAGCACCUGCUGAGCGCGGCCAACGCCAUGGCCGAGCAGCAGGCGGCCAUGGUGGCCGCGGCCAGGCUCAAGCAGCAGGAGUUGCAGGUCAACGUGCCGUGGCACGAACAGAGGCCGACCUCCAACAGCUCCGAGAACAUGUUCCUCCCCCGCAGCCUCAGUUUGGACGCCGUGCACACGGGGUCAAGAGGUCACGUCCGCUCCAUGGUCUGGCGAGCGAGACAACAACGAAAGAACUCCAUGUUCUCAGACAAUUCACACCCUAGUGUUGCAGCAGCGCCAGGCGUUGUGAUUUUCCCGAUGCAGAAUCGAGCGAGCCCAGUUCGCAAAGCCAACCACUUUCCAGAAACUUCACCCUUCGUCAAUCAGUUCAGAAGAAAACCAACCCCCGCCUGGGUCAAACCACCCCCUGUGCACACAGACUCUUUCUCAUUCUCUCCCUCUUCAGCUCAAGCCAGUUCGAGUCGUGGACCAUCGUUUUUCACCUACCCGGCCAUUCAGCAGCCGCUAGCGGCCAGUGGCCUCUUGAUCGAGCCCCCAAUCGGAGUGACGCCGUCGCCCAUCGUGGCCGCCAUGGCCGCAAGCGUGGGCGGCCUGCUGAGACUGCCGCCCCACGCGCCGCCGCCUCCAGCCUCCCCCGGACGAAAAGAGGUGAGCUUCGUCGAGGAGUCGGCGGUCUGAUGGUGAUUGGCCAGAUGGCUGGCCGGAACCUAAGUGCUCUUCAAGACACCUGUAUAAAUUUGCUAGCUACCGUUAUCUGAUGAAAUUUAAUUAAUUACUCGAAGAAACACUCAAAUUAGUGGCCUGUGGACAUUCUGGGCACCAGUGAGUUUAAUUAAUUAAUUAUUCCAGCAAAAAGAUGUGGACAAGUGAUAUUUUGCUUCAAAUCCCACGGAUGAUUUUCGUUAAAUGCAUUUUUUUAAAGUCGAAAUAAGUUUCAUUUUAAUGCUGGAUAAUAUUAAUAUUAUUGCUACUAAGGAAUGUAAAUGAACACCAUGCUGAUUUGUCGCAGCAAAUUUUGCACACUUGCAUAAUGUUAAACUCCAUAAAUUGUAUUUGGCUUGACGCUUUUGAUAUUAAAUUUAGUAUUAGCCUGUGUGUGAGCAAGGAAGAGAAAUUAAAAUACUUGAAUUCAAGUAUGUGUACAUAAUAUUUAUAAAAAGAAUGGGUUAUCAAAAGGAGAUUAGAAAAAAAAUCAAAUCAAAAGUGAGGUACGACAGAAAGAAAUCGACCUUAUAACCAAAUGUCUGCCAAUCUUUGCUUCCAUUAAAUAGAAAUUAAGUACACUUACAAUUUAUUAUAAGUGCUGGUAGAUAUUUUAGAUGAAUUAAGUAGCAUAUUAAAAAAACGAAAUCCGGAAAAUAUUAUAAGAAAAUUAUUCAAUUAUAUUUCCAGUGAAUUUAAAAAAAGCCUUCCUUCUACCUUUCAUUAUGCAACAUAUUCUCUUAAAUGAAUACAUAGCAUUCAUUUGUCUUUCCAUAGAAAGAGAAACUUUAAUAUAAAAAAUAUAAAUCUGCAUCACAUAAAGAUUUUUUGUCUGCUUUAUGCUGUAGACUCUAAAUAAUUUAAACAAGAGAGUUUUAUUAAAGCAAUUUUAAGCUUCAAAACAACCACUUAUUACCCCCAUUUAUUAUGAAAUACCCAAUUGAAAUUAUUGAUAGUUAAAUGAAGAAGCCGAUUGAAAAAUUGGCAUCAGAAUUCUCUACCAAAGAGCUUUCAGAGGCGUUUCUUACAGAGCAGUAUCAAAAUAUGGCUCUAUUUUCAAUAAAUAUAUUAAUAAUUAACCUCCAUUAUAAAUUAAUUAAUUAAUCACCUGUACAACGCAACUAAGUAACAAUUCUAUUCUGCUUUGAAAUAAAAAUAAAUAUUCUGCACAAAUAAUAAAUUACAUAUAUAUUUAAAGCAUAAUUUAACCCGCCAGCACUUGCCACUUCCUGCAGGUUUUUACUCUUAUUCCCGUCGCAGACACUUGGUUGUAAGAAAACUGAGGGAUAUUGUGGCGCGAAUUUUCCAAGAAGUUGAUUGAUCGCUUUUCGCAUCAACUCUCGAAAAUACGUCAUAUGUAUAAAUGUAACAAACAAAAAAAAUUAUACGGACGCCACUCCAUUUCAUUUUGCUCACGGUUCAGUGAUCCAAGUUGAAGGGAAUGAAAAGGGCUAUAGCAAAACGCACAAAUUCGUACACAGCGCUAUUUUCUCCAGCUUUCUUAGGUAAAAAAACAAGAAAAAAUGUAACCUUCAACAAUGAACAUCAUAAUUCAGUAGCAUCGUUUGCUUAGAAAUUAAUUUAAUUUUAAUUUUUUAAUUAAUAUUUGAAUUUCAUCAUAAUGAAAAACACACAAAUUGUAACUGUAGAGAUGAGAAGCACUUUCUUGAAAAAAGCUUUCAACGUAAUUAAUGCACGAAAUCUCUAUACCCUCUAAAGUAGUGCUCGCCUAAAAUAACAGGGUUACUGUAUAAGUGAUGGGAAAAUAACCAAAAUAGUAACUUUGUACGCUUCUCAAAUUUAUAUUGACCAGUAAAAAAAGAACCUAUAAUUUUUUUUGCAAAAAAACAUGCAGCUUAUAGUGAAUUAUGACUUGAUUUAAGUACUUAAAAAAUGGACGAAUUAGAAACAAACAAAAAAUGCAAUCAAUACAUUACGAUGUUCACUAUAAAAUAUUGUAAAUAUAGUCGUGUGAAUGAGAUAAGCUACAUUUAUAGUGGUGUUCCUAAACAAAUAGAGGUCCGUCUGAGCAAAAAUUGUAUAUAACCUAGGAAUUUUUUUGGCGAUAUUUAAACAUCUUUGACUCAUCACUGAACAGUGUGUGUAACGUGUGCAUUUAAAUAAUUAGUUUUUCCCGUACGUACUUUCAGUAAUUGGUAAGUUUUAAACAUGAAUUGAAACCUCAUCGCUGACUUGCUAAGUCUUUCACUGUUUCACAUAUAAACAGAAAAAUCACUCGAGUUGAUUAAAUAAGCAGUCGUCGAGGGGAAAUUUUAAGAAUAUUUUUUCACUGCGUCAAGCGAAAAUUUAUUAUCAAAUGUUGUCUGAUUCUUUCAAGUGCCUUUUUAGUUGUCUAUUAUAAUUAAAGGAUAAUUAUUUCACACAAGUUUCGACCGAGUGCUCAAUAUUUUAACCUGAAAAAAUAACACACACUCGCAAACUCACAAGAAACUCACUACGAGAAAAAGUUAAUAACAAGCACGUCACCCUGUGAUUUUGUAAACAAAAUAUAUAAAAUUACUAAAUCGCAUCUCAGUAAAAGCCAGGACAUUUUUUAAGCAUUGUGUAACAAAGAAAAUUUAAUUUGAGUAAAAAACGAUUCUAGUAGUAAAAUGUAGAUAUGUCCGCAUUUGUAGCCUAGUUUUCUGUCAACGAUAUAAUUGAGAACAAGUAAUUGACAGAAGUUUUAAUUCUUCCUAAUAAACAAAAAUUAUAGUAGUUUGCUACUCCAACACAAAUUGUUGGUAGAUUAAGUUGGUUGUAAGCAUUGGCCAUCGAAUUUGAACAAAAAAUCUCAUUUGUAAAAAAGCAACACACACAUUUAUGCAGCUUUUAAUGUAAAAAUAAAGAAGUAGUAACAAUAAUUGUAAGGCAUACGUAAUUCAAUGUUGUUUUCAUGAUCAAUGGUUUUUUAAUUCUCAUUUAUAAAUAAUUACAUUUAAUAAAGGACUAUGUGC